CCAUCGUGUCUUACUCUGGCACACAGCAUUACAGCGGACCAGUGUCUUACAGACAGACCCUUGUUUCAACGGUUUGAUAUCCCAACAUCGACGCUGUUGAAAGGUGAAGAUGCAUCUUGAAUCCUUGAUCGACGACCUUGGAGGAUUUGGGAGGUAUCAACUAUGUAUCAUUCCAUUGAUUGGAUUCACCAAAGUAGUGAUGGCAUCGUCGAUGAUGAUGAUGGCGUUUGCUGGAGUCAAUCCUGGUUGGUGGUGUGAAUCACGUGACGAGUCUUCAAACUCAUCAUCAGUCAGUUUUGAAAAUGGCAGCUACAAGAAUUGCGAUUGGAACACGACAUGCGCCCGCCAUUUUGAUAAAACAAUGGACACGAUAGUUACAGAGUGGGAUCUGGUAUGCGAAAAGAGCUGGAUCGGAAACACCAUCAUCUCCAUCCAAAUGGCGGGCGUGUUUGUAGGAGCAGCCAUUUCAGGUCACUGCUCAGACGCAUAUGGGCGGAAAAAAGUCCUUUACACGGCUUUACUUCUGAGCACCGUCUUAAAUGUCGUGACUGCCUUCUCUGUGUCCUGGGUGAUGUUUGCUGCAAUGAGACUGCUACUUGGUUUCGCUCUUGGGAUGCUGUUUACGGUAAACUACCCUUACCAAAUGGAGUUUGUGGGAAGACGGUAUCGUUCUCUCUUGGCAUCCCUCCCUACGUGGGCAUUAGGCGUGGUCAUAUUUGCAGCAAUGGUGUGGUGGAUCAAACACUGGAAGUGGCUCCACCUGGCGUCGGCAGCCUUGUCAUGCCCGUUUUUGCUGGGUUGGUUUAUUGUACCCGAGUCCUUACGCUGGCUGGCGGUGAAAGGUCGUCUGGAGGAAGCGAGAAGUGUUCUCAAUAAGAUGGCGACCUAUAACAAGAAACCAAUGCCCGACACGUCCAUCUUGGAGCUGAUUGCUCAGGAGGAGAAAGCGGAGGGCGAAAAGUCAAAAUCAUAUACUUAUAAACACCUUUUCCUGACCAGAAGCCUCACGAAGAGAACAGUCAUCACAUGGUAUAUCUGGUUUACUUUGUCUGUUGUGUACUACGCCAUCUCCUUUGGUGUGAGGAAGCUUUCUGGAGACUUCUAUCUGAACUUGAUGACGACUGCGGUUCUGGAACUUCCCGUCAUGCCUGCAGUUCUCCUUGUGUCGCUAUUAUUUGGACGUAGAUGGUCCUGUGCAAUUUUGUUCUUUCUAUCUUCUUUCUCGUGUUGUGGAGUUGCAAUGGCUAACCGUCUUGCCCCUCCUCACAUGAAAGGCACCCUGGAGAACGCGUUUGCACAACUGGCUAAGUUUCUAACUAUAUCAGCAUGGGCCCUCUCGCAAGCACUGUCGAGUGAGCAAUACCCAACAGUCAUCAGGAACCUUGCCUAUGCGUCGCAGAACACAGUAGCCAGACUUGGAGGGAUACUGGCAGCACAAGUUUUGUCGCUGGGAGGCAAGGAUGACCUCAUGUCACCGUUUGCCGCCAUGGGCGUUUUGAUCUUCAUGAAUGGCGUUGUGACGUUGUUGCUGAAAGAAACCAGCGGUCGUGCGCUGGAGGACACAAUGGAGGUAAAGAUAACGAAGAAGCCCAAUGACAAACCAGAGGAGAUGAUCCCCCUCAGAAAGGAUAUUGAUGGUAUAGUCGAGGACACAGAUGCGUCAUUUACUGAAGGGAACGAUACACAUAUGCUUGGCGAGGGUGGCAAGGGUGUUGUAGAAAACGGUUGUAGUGAAUUGGCCAAGAACCAGAAAUAUGUCAUGUUGUCUGAUUCAGAUGAACGAGAAGUAAACAUGUCAUCCGAAACCGAUUAUGCCUGUGACAAAGCUGAUGCUGAUGCAGGCGUCUCUGACUGUGGUCACACGAGGAAUGGUUUUAUGGAACUAAACCCUGAAGCUGUAAUAAUUCAAGAGAAUGGACCAAACGAUGUUGACAGCAAUGGACACGAAUUCGACAAGGGUGAUAAAGAUGGAUAUGUCACGCUAGAUGACCAGGACGUCAGUGAUAUUGGGACGGGGCUUAUGGAUGUUAGGGAUGGUGUAUGCAGAGAUGAAAUAAAGAGUGAGUGAAUGAAACAAAGAGGCGUGUCAGCUUAAUGUUGGAAGAAAACCCGAAGUGAUGCAGGUCUCAGGCGUUUACCACUUCCGUGAAACCCACGAGCAUGGGUAUGGUGCAGACAG